AUGGCUGUCGGCCAUGUCGCCACCGCCGACACUGCUGCGGUCCACGAUGGCUGCUGCUUCACUAUUGGUAUUUGCAGUUCUAAUGGAUUUCCAGAGAAGGAUGGCCUGAGUGAGAGUCGGUUGAUGGAUCUUCUCCACAGUUCUGAAUACAUUCUUACUUUUGAAGACAAGGACGAUGAUUGGAUGCUUGUUGGUGAUGUUCCUUGGGGGAUGUUCACUGAGACGUGCAGGAAACCAAGGAUCAUGAUAGGUUCAGAAACAAUUGGACUUGCUCCAAGGGCUAUGGAGAAGUGCAAGAACCACAACUAG